AUGCUCGACCCCAUCGAUGCCUUUUCCCCGGCUCGCUCUCUCUUCAAGCGCUGCAAAGACUGUGGAGACUCCUCCCCCACCUGUCCAUCAUGUCCCGAUGGCACAACCUGUACAAUGACCACCCAGUCCUGUGACCAGUGCGCUACCACAAAGUGUAUCUCAACAGGGACCGGUGGCUCCCAGCCUCCACCUGGCGGAAGCGAUACCGGGGCCAUUGCGGGUGGUGUCAUUGGUGGUGUGGCAGCGAUCGCCCUCAUUGUGUUCUUGGUGUGGUGGUUCGUCAUUCGGAAGAAGCGCCAGGAGCGCAUGGAGGCAGAGAAGAACAAUGAAUUCUCGGCCGCUCGUAGUGAACGACAAUCCAUCGCUUCGACCGUCCUCACCCGGGCCUCCAACGUGAUCCAAAUCGCCUAUAUUCCCGGGGUCACUAAUCGUUCCCCGCCAGAAACACCAGCCUCUCUCGUUCCUCCCGUUCCCCCUCUGCCAGGUGCCCACCCCGAUCAACACUUUUUCAUGCCUGGCGACCUCCGGGACUCGUCCUGGACGACCACUACCGGCCACCAAAGCAUCUCCCCCACAUUGCGUAGCAGUGUGGCAACGACCAUUUAUCGCAACGACGCCAUUGUCAGCGCCAUUCCUGCGCAACAGAUUCAACGCUCUCGUGCCGCCGUGGUCAGCAUUCACAAUGGAGGAAGUGGAGGGAACGCGCCUGGCGAUGAUUCCCCUGUCGCCAUCACAGUCACCCCAGCAGAUGCGCCGGCCGUACCGGCCAUCACCCCAGCGCAACUUGCUCGGGCGGAGGCCGUCAAGGGCAACAGCUCAUGCGUGGCUCGCAGUGUGACAGCCAAACCCGUCAUGGUGCGUGGUCCUUCAUUGAAGAAGAAGGAAAACAACACCGCCCCUCCCGUCAACCGUAUCGAAGAAGUGUCCGAGCCAAGUACCAGCAAGAAUACUAGCCGGGCGCCAUCUACCACCGACAGUCAGCAGUUCAACCACACUAUUUCCACAUUUGAUGCCUCCUCAGAUGAGGAGGAAGACACACCCAGGCCAGCAAACCUGGACACAGACUCUGCACAUCGCCAGUCAGCACGUCGGACCUCUGGUUUAAGUGAUGGACGCAGUUCUCCUCGAACACCACCUGCUCGGGUGGAGAGUCCAUUCUCCGAUGCGAAUGAGGUCAAAUAA